CAAAAGACGUUUUGAGUAUUAUUUUGGUGGGUGUUUCGCGGCCUCCUCAGUGACUUGACUUACUCUUCUUGCCAUAGCGCAUAAUUUUCUUGUGCUGUGAAGAAGAAGUCCUGUUUAGUCUUGUCGCGAUGGCGUCGCCUGGAAGCAGCCCCGGUUCCACACCUAUGAUGGAGCUGACUGGAGCCCCUAAUGUGGCCCAUAUAUUUGUAGUUUUCGGUGCAUCUGGAGACCUUGCCAAGCGUAAGAUCUACCCCUGCCUUUGGCUUCUGUAUCGCGAUGGUCUCCUGCCUCCUGGAACCAAGUUCCUCGGUUAUGCUCGGUCUGUCAUGACCACAGAAGACCUGCGGGCUCGCAUCACUCCGUUUCUCAAGGUUGGCUCUGGUGAUCAGGAGAUGAAGGAGAACUUCCUGAAAACGUGCACGUACAUGCCAGGAUCCUACACGGAUGGCGCCGCUUUUGAAAAGCUCAAUGCCGAGAUGUCUCGCCUGGAGGACGAGAUGGCGCCAGAGCAGCCGGCAAACCGCAUCUUCUAUUUGGCAUUGCCGCCACAGAUCUUCAUGGCUGUCACUGCCAAUGUGAAGAAGGCCUGCAUGUCCACGACUGGGUACAACCGUGUGAUUGUAGAGAAGCCGUUUGGCAUGGACUCUUCCAGCUCUGCUGUCCUAUCAAACCACUUGAGCAGCUUGUUCGUCGAGGAUCAAAUCUAUCGAAUUGACCACUACCUUGGCAAGGAAAUGGUACAAAACCUACUGGUUCUAAGGUUUGCCAACACUGUGUUCACGCCAGCCUGGAGCCGCAGUGCCAUCCAGAGUGUCAUGAUCACGUUCAAGGAGCCAUUUGGCCUGCGCGGCAGAGCGUCCUACUUCCACGACGUCGGCAUCAUCCGUGAUGUCAUGCAGAAUCACUUGCUUCAAUUGCUCUGUCUAAUUGCUAUGGAGAAACCUGCCUCCACAAGUCCUGAUGAUAUCCGCGAUGAAAAGGUCAAGGUGCUGAAGUGCAUGUCGCCAAUCACGCCGGACGAGGUCGUCACAGGGCAGUAUGUGGCGGAUCCGAAUGGCGAGGGCGAGUCCGCUGUCGGAUUCCGCGAGGACCCUGGCUGCCCGCCGGAUUCUAAACAGUGCACUUAUGCGGCUGCCGUCGGCUGGGUCAGGAACGAACGAUGGGAUGGUGUUCCCUUUAUUCUGAAGUGUGGUAAAGCACUUGAUGAGCGCAAGGCUGAGAUCCGGAUUCAGUUCAGGCCGGUGGCUGGUGAUAUCUUUGGCGGCCGCUGCCAGCGGAAUGAGUUUGUCAUUCGUGUGCAGCCCAAGGAGGCUGUGUACAUGAAGAUGAUGGUGAAGCGGCCGGGCCGUGACACUGGCAUGUUCGAAUCAGAAAUGGACCUCUCAUACCAUCUUCGGUACAAGGAUCUGAACUUGCCUGAUGCCUACGAGAAGCUGAUCCAGGACGUGUUCCUCGGAAAUCAGAUGAACUUUGUGCGCAGUGAUGAGCUGGCCGAGGCAUGGCGUGUGUUCACUCCCUUGCUGCAUCACAUCGAAGGCCACCAGAUUGAGCCAAUCAAGUACCAGUUUGGAGUACGCGGUUUGCCCGAAGCUGACACUCUGGCUGCUAAAGUCGGCCACCAUUACAGUGGUACAUACUCAUGGAGUACGCCACACCUGUGAACGGCGGCAAUCCUGUAUUCCUCCUCGCGAGGAGAGUCUCUUGUCCAGGACCCCGCCCGGUUAGGCAUCUUAGAUCGGAGAUGCAAGUGCACGACGAAGGACUGGUCAUUCGUUUCCUUAGCUUGAUGUUUUGUUUUCGUCCCUAGGUUGUCAACGUAGCCCAGUAGUAUGUGCACACGUCAUGUGUACAUGUGUACAUGUGUGUACAAGUAGACGUAAACAUUGUGCUGCCCGUGAUACAUGCCGGGCAGCAUGACCGUACACCAGCUGAAGUAAUCCUGAUCAAUGACGUCAUGACAUACCAGUUGGUCUUCUCUCUGAUACUCUGAAACCGGCACUUAGACUUGAUAGUGUAGAUGUCCUGCACUGCCCGACGACUACUGGCGGCCAUUGUCAUGUACCGCACCCACCAGACUACCCGACAAUCGCGUGGCGUGUUCCUAUCUCGCCACCUGUGCUUAUGUAGGGCAUGAUGAUGAUGAUGGUGAGUGCAUGUUUUCUAUGCGAAUCCCAUGCGCAUAAUAUAUAACUUUGAAGCUUGGAAAAAUCAUACUCUAAAGCACUCUGUAGCGCCCCAUGCUAUUUUCUGUCUUGCCUUUGACAACUGUUAGACUUCUUCCUGACAAAAGAGUUUUUAAAGGUUUUUAUUCGGCUUUCUUGUCCCUCAUAGAACAAUUCCAUCACCAGUCUUUAUUUCUACACAUCUUGGCCAAUAGCUUUUCUAUUGUUAUUUUGAACUCUUUCUUCCACAUCCUACUGUGGUUUCUAUACUGGUAUUUUAUGAUGUGCCUCUGCACUCCUAGCAUACUACUUUUAUACUGUUCCAUGAAAGAUUGAAAAGUAAAAGCACCAUAAAAAAACAA